AACAAUUCAGAUAGGAUACCAGUAAUUUGAUUAAAAUCGGUGCAGUCGCUGAAUUUAAAACCCGGAACAUGGAUAAACGACCUAGUAAUGAAGAUCUUGCGCCUCCCGCCAAAUACCGCAAAAAGGACGGCCCACUGGACCUGAUGGACAGGUCAGGCAUCGUCACCUCUUGCUUCGUUAGGCGGCCUGAAAACCGCGGCAAAAUGCCAGUGGAGCUGAUCGGCUGCCAGUAUAAGGAGAAACUGACUGCUUUUCUGCACAGAACCGUUGACGUUGGCACCAAGUGGCAGGAUCCUGCUUCGAAAAUGCCCGAGGAGCAAAUCCGGAACCAGUUGGAGCUUUUUAAGGAGGACAUACAAUUUGAGCCGACAAGUCAGGAGUUGAAGUACAUCGAGUACUACCUCACAGAAGGAAUCACCGCGAAAGACGUGGAACAAAUGCCGGCGCACGUGUGGGAAAGAGCCGUUGCGAAAACGAUUCAGAAGUACGCGUCAGACAAACGACUGCAUAGUCUGUUCGCGUGGCUGCGAAAACGGGCCGAGAGCGACUGGGACCGCGGCAGCCGCGAGGCCCUGCUGAAGGAGGCUCUCAGGGAACCAUGGCAACAGGAGCGGCUCGGCGUGCGGAAGCUGCCGCCGCCCUUUCCUCGAAUCGUGAUCACCGGCCCCGCACCCUGGCGACAGUCCUUCCUCGAGGCCAGGAAUUUCUGCGAGAACAGCCUCAUGGCCGCCUCCACUAUCGUCCUCACCAUGAACCCAAUCUGGAACAGACUACUGGAGGACUAUGAAUUUCUCUCAGCGCAAGAAAUUACCGAUAAUCGUCCGUGGUACCUGUACGAGCUGGAGGAAAAGGUGAUAUCUUCCCUAGACAAUGCUCGAAAAAGGAUACUUCUUUUCAUCUUUCGUUGUGCCGAGCACAUGUGGCGUCACCAGAAGCAGUGGGACAAACUUCUGAGCCGCGAACACGGGGUAAGCGCGGACAUGGUGCGCCUUCUCAACUGCAUCACGUCACUCAUGUGCCGUCGACUGCGCGUAAAGACGCUUGCAACUGUCGAUGCCUGGACCAAGCUAAUUCUCUCCUACCAGCCGAGCGAUUGUGCCGAGGAGAAUGAGAGGCCGAAACCACUGAUCAAGUUCAAGCUGGACAUCACGGUCGAGCAGCUGGGCAUGGAAAUGAUCAGAGCGCGAGAGUUCAUCGCUUCCAGCGUGCCCCGCAUCUUUGAGGUUACCAAGGAUCUGCCCAGCGUCGGCACCAUCAUGUUCAACCCCAAUCACAAGUACAAAAAGGUCUAAGUAUAAGCAGAGGCUCGACAAAGGAAUCCGCGGAGGCAGAACAACAAUAAUAAAAUUAAUCCCAUAGUUAAAUAUAUUUGCUUAAAAAAAGCUUUGACCUGUAAUAAACCUGUGUGCUCAUAA